AGUGGAGGAAAGAUCUUGCUGGAUAAAACAUUUAACUGUGCAAUAUUUUAUUACACUCAUCACUCAUUUUAGAGCUUGCUUAUUGUUCCAUGCAUUUUUGAGUACCUAGGGGUGCAGGUCCCCCAAAUGAGGCUGAAAUGCUUGCAGAGGAAGCAGAUGUCAGGCUGCACCUGGUUGUGCCUUUACUAGUAAGACUGUGGCCCUAAGCUGGCCCCCUCCUCUGUACCCCUUCCCCCCAGGUGUGCAGGAAGUAGAGGGCGUUAUACUGGGUGAAGUGGGUGGACUCUACCCAGAGCUAUGACCUGAUUUGUGACGCACCCUCAGAACUGCAGUAAUGGUCCAGCUGCUUCACAGGCAACUGGUAACCACCUCAUUUGGGGAUGUUUCUGCCUUGCUAGCAGUGCCAGAGAGAACUUCAUCAUUGUCACCUCAUCAAAGACUACUUUUUCAGACCUCUCCUGUAGGGCUGGAUUCAGAGAGCAGCCUCUGGUAUUUGGAGGGUGAUCUUUAGACAGUGACUGAGUAUGGAUCAUUUGAACGAGGCAACUCAGGGGAAAGAACAUUCAGAAAUGUCUAACAAUGUGAGCGAUCCGAAGGGUCCACCAGCCAAGAUUGCCCGCCUGGAGCAGAACGGGAGCCCGCUAGGAAGAGGAAGGCUUGGGAGUACAGGUGCAAAAAUGCAGGGAGUGCCUUUAAAACACUCGGGCCAUCUGAUGAAAACCAACCUUAGGAAAGGAACCAUGCUACCAGUUUUCUGCGUGGUAGAACAUUAUGAAAACGCCAUUGAAUAUGAUUGCAAGGAGGAACAUGCGGAAUUUGUGUUGGUGAGAAAGGAUAUGCUUUUCAACCAACUGAUAGAAAUGGCAUUGCUGUCUCUAGGUUAUUCGCAUAGCUCUGCUGCCCAGGCCAAAGGGCUAAUCCAGGUUGGAAAGUGGAAUCCAGUUCCACUGUCUUAUGUGACAGAUGCCCCUGAUGCUACAGUAGCAGAUAUGCUUCAAGACGUGUAUCAUGUGGUCACACUGAAAAUUCAGUUACACAGUUGCCCCAAACUAGAAGACUUGCCUCCCGAACAAUGGUCGCACACCACAGUGAGGAAUGCUCUGAAGGACUUACUGAAAGAUAUGAAUCAGAGUUCGUUGGCCAAGGAGUGCCCCCUUUCACAGAGUAUGAUCUCUUCCAUUGUGAACAGCACUUACUAUGCAAAUGUCUCAGCAGCAAAAUGUCAAGAAUUUGGAAGGUGGUACAAACAUUUCAAGAAGACAAAAGAUAUGAUGGUUGAAAUGGAUAGUCUGUCUGAACUAUCCCAGCAAGGUGCCAACCACGUCAAUUUUGGCCAGCAGCCGGUCCCAGGGAACACAGCUGAGCAGCCUCCGUCCCCCGCGCAGCUCUCCCAUGGCAGCCAGCCCUCUGUCCGGACCCCUCUUCCAAACCUGCACCCUGGGCUUGUAUCAACGCCUAUCAGUCCUCAAUUGGUCAACCAGCAGCUGGUGAUGGCUCAGCUGCUGAACCAGCAGUAUGCAGUGAAUAGACUUUUAGCCCAGCAGUCCUUAAACCAACAAUACUUGAACCACCCUCCCCCUGUCAGUAGAUCUAUGAAUAAACCUUUGGAGCAACAGGUUUCAACCAACACAGAGGUGUCUUCCGAAAUCUACCAGUGGGUACGUGAUGAACUGAAACGAGCAGGAAUCUCCCAGGCAGUAUUUGCACGUGUGGCUUUUAACAGAACUCAGGGCUUGCUUUCAGAAAUCCUCCGAAAGGAAGAGGACCCCAAGACUGCAUCCCAGUCUUUGCUGGUAAACCUUCGGGCUAUGCAGAAUUUCUUGCAGUUACCAGAAGCUGAAAGAGACCGAAUAUACCAGGACGAAAGGGAAAGGAGCUUGAAUGCUGCCUCAGCCAUGGGACCUGCCCCCCUGAUAAGCACACCACCCAGCCGCCCUCCCCAGGUGAAAACAGCUACUAUUGCCACUGAGAGGAAUGGGAAACCAGAGAACAAUACCAUGAACAUUAAUGCUUCCAUUUAUGAUGAGAUUCAGCAGGAAAUGAAGCGUGCUAAAGUGUCCCAAGCACUGUUUGCAAAGGUUGCGGCAACCAAAAGCCAGGGAUGGUUGUGCGAGCUGUUACGCUGGAAAGAAGAUCCUUCUCCAGAAAACAGGACCCUGUGGGAGAACCUCUCCAUGAUCCGAAGGUUCCUCAGUCUUCCUCAGCCAGAACGUGAUGCCAUUUAUGAGCAGGAGAGCAACGCGGUGCAUCACCAUGGCGACAGGCCGCCCCACAUUAUCCAUGUUCCAGCAGAGCAGAUUCAGAGCCCCUCUCCCACCACCCUUGGGAAAGGAGAGUCUAGAGGCGUUUUCUUACCAGGCCUGCCGACCCCUGCACCAUGGCUCGGUGCUGCUCCUCAGCAGCAGCAGCAGCAGCAACAGCAGCAGCAGCAGCAGCAGCAGCAGGCACCGCCACCGCCACAGCCACCGCAGCAGCCACAGGCUGGCCCCCGGCUCCCCCCACGGCAACCCACCGUGGCCUCGUCCGCAGAGUCAGACGAGGAGAACCGGCAGAAGACCCGGCCACGAACAAAAAUUUCCGUGGAAGCCCUGGGAAUCCUUCAGAGUUUCAUACAAGAUGUAGGCCUGUACCCGGACGAAGAGGCCAUCCAGACUCUGUCCGCCCAGCUUGACCUUCCCAAGUACACCAUCAUCAAGUUCUUUCAGAACCAGCGGUACUAUCUCAAGCACCAUGGCAAACUGAAGGACAACUCCGGUUUGGAGGUGGAUGUGGCAGAGUAUAAAGAAGAGGAGUUGCUUAAGGAUUUAGAAGAGAGCGUCCAAGAUAAAAAUGCUAACACCCUUUUUUCGGUGAAACUAGAAGAGGAGCUGUCAGUGGAAGGAAAUACAGACAUUAAUGCUGAUUUGAAAGACUGAGAUAAAAGUAUUAUUUUCAUUCAACAGUGCCACUGGUAUUUACUAACAAAAUGAAAAGUCCAUCUUGUAUUCUCUCAGAAAACCUUUGUUGUUCAUUGUUUGGCCAAUGAAUCUUCAGAAACUUGCACAAACAGAAAAGUUGGGAAAGGAUAAUCCAGACUGCACUAAAUGUUUUACUCUGUUUUACAAACUGCUUGGCAGCCCCAGGUGAAGCAUCGAGGAUUGUUUGGUAUUAAAAUUUGUGUUCACGGGACGCACCAAGGUGUGUACCCCGUAAGCAUGAAACCAGUGAUUUUUUUUUUAAUUAUUAUUAUUCUGGAGCCUCAAACAAGCAUUAUAAUUUCUGUGAUUAUGAUUUCCUCUCCUUUAAUUAUUUCUGUAGCACUCCACACUGAUCUUUGGAAACUUGCCCCUUAUUUUAAAAAUAAAGAAAAAAAGAGUUUGUUACUCUAUUGUAUGUUACAGAAGAACUAUAGACUGUGGAAUGCAGUUUAAAGAUGACAUAUGCCAACAAAUGCCUUGUAUUAUAUGGCACUGCCGUAAUUCAAAUUUGUUUUUAUUUUGGAAAUAAAAGUUCACUGUAAGUUUUUUUCAUUCUCAUUGUUACAUGAUUUUUUUUAAAAAAAUGGAAAAGAAAAUGUGAAACACAAGUUAGUCCUCAUUAUUUAUUUGUAGAUCCUGCAGCAUCAUGUUGUAAUUAAUUUUUUGGAAGUUUCCGUUAAAUGUAAUAUUGCUUCUCUUGUUACCAUACUGAUUCUUUUCUAUUUAUAAAUGUAUUUUGAUGGGCAGUAAAACAAAGUGUCUUAAAAGUUUUAAAUAGAGAAAAUGUGCUUUACACAGUUGCCUAUAAAAAGUGCUCUAUGUUAUCCAAGCAAUUCAUACUAUAAGCUUCACUCUUAUUGUUGUAUGCAAUUUUUACUAUCAUGCAAAUAAGCUUAGGUAAAUAAAACUAAUAGAUCACCUUAGAAAAUUAUGCAAUUAAUGUGAAAAUAAUUGAUGUUUGCAAUGUGUCUUCCUUUGGUUUACAAUCAAUUUUAAAGCUACAUCUGUAUAAAAUUUCUGUAUAAAGGUGUAUUUCUUUUUUAUGAGUUUAUGGCUAUGAAAACACCAGCUAUUUUGUUACAGCUGGCUGUUUUUAUAAGUGUAUCACAAUUUUCUUUAUGCAGAAAUGUUCUGAUUAGGAGUGGUUAUUGACUGUAACUACACAAUUAAAAUUGUUUGUAUGGUAUGA